UGAGUUGCCCCAAAAUGUGCGUUUGGUAUUUCAACAUCUGCGAGGCGGGUCUUCGAAAAAUGGUGCUUCAAAUCCAAACGCAUUCGUGUGCGAAUCAAAAUGUAUUGGCAGAGACCGAAAUAAAGUGCACAUGGCUCGCCGCCGAUUGAUAAAAGAUAAAAAUAAAGAGAUCAGACUCUCUUCACGCGGAUGCGGAAUGUUGGAUGCUCGCUCGCAUUCGCUUGUAAAUUCUCGAAGGGAACGCGUGCACUUCGAGGCACCGAUACACCCAAGGUGAUUACAUAAAGCCAGAAAGCCAGAAAACCACACCACACCAUGCAGAAGGCCAUUAAGAAGGAGCUGAGCUUCUCGCUGGACACGCUGGAGCGCUACCGGGCCAAGUACGGACGCAGUGCCUCCCUCGACACAAACGGGUCUUGCCCAGCGCACACAGAGGGCGAGCCCUGCUCCACUGCUCCUCCGCCGGCUCCCGGCUCGAUCUUCACAAAGUCCUACUCGCCGCCAAAGAUGACCAAGUUGCAGGAGCUGCAGCAGAAGAAGGAGGCCUACCUGAGGGCCCGCGAGCACGAGCGGGAAAUGGAGCAGCUGCAGCGCACGGAGAGAAGGUCCACGAACGGCUUGGAGUUGGCCAAGUCCAAGCCGGGCAGUGGCAGUCCCAAAAGCAGCUCUCCCACUCCGAAUGCCAGUGCCGCAUCCACCGCUGCUGUGGCCAGCAAGUCCUCCGGUCCGGCCGGCUACUCCAACUGGUCCAGCCACCAUGGCACGCUCUGCUCCCAGUCCUGGGUGGCCAUCUCCGAGCUGAUGUACUUCUGCGACAAGUACGAGUUCACCACCCUCAGCACACGGGACCUGAAGACGCACCAGGAGAUCGUGGCCGAGGUGAGGGCCCUGCUGAACGGCAAGGCACCGUUCGACCAGCGCACCCGCUUCCCGGGCAACAUCCACGACCCGGAGAACCUGUGGGUCUGCAUCGGGCGCUGCGCCAGCGUGGAGUACCACCUGCAGCGCAUCGUGAGCAUCUUCCGCAAGCCGCUCAACCAACUCACCCCGGACAAGCAGCGAACGGUGCGCCAGAACUUCCACCUGGCGGUCAGCGAACUGCGGCUGGACAUCUCGGCGCGGAUCAGCGAGGUGCGGCUGUACGACCGCCUGGUCUUCGAGCGCGAGUUCCGGCUGGAGUGGCAGGAGGCUGAGGCGGAGGCCUAACGCACUACUGCAUCAAUGGGUCAGUGUCAGUGGGUGGACAGUAACGUUUAUUGGCAACUCUUCGCUUUUCGCUCUUCGUUCUGCGGUGCGCGGUGGAAAACUCGGUUACAAAAAUACACUUGGACGCGGGAGGCCGGAGUAUGGAGCAUCCACACGAAUGUGGAAUGCCUGCUCCAUUCAGCAUACAUACAUACAUAUAAGAGGGUGCUCU